AGUUCAGAGGUCAGUCAGUGAAGCAUUAACCAGCAGCCGUAAAUCCCUCUAAAUCACCACGGGUUUCAGCUUUACCUCAAAGUCCGGCUCCAGAGACGGGCCGCGGUCGGACGGAGCUGAUGUAUUCUCCAACAGUGUUCCUGAACGAGGUCCCGGGAUGGUAUAUGUGGACGGGGAUCUUCUUACCUGUGACGGCACUCCUGCUGCUGUUCAUCGCUUACCUCAGCUGGAGGAUCCGCAAGAAGGAAGAGUUGGCCAUGGCCGCAGACCCUCGGGAAACAGCGUCUCAGCUCAGUUUCGGACCGCGCUACAGACGCAGGAAAGAGACCAGGAGCCGCACUUGAAACACACACACACACACACACACACACACACACACACACACACACACACACACACACACACACACAGUCCCACCUGUGCUGAGAGACGGACACCAUGAUUUUGCCAACUCCAAGACAUCCAUGUUCCUGGAUCAACAUCUUCUGCGGUGUGUCAUACUGUGGACCCUCUGACGACAACAGCCAAUCACAGCGCUGGAUCGGAAAGGCGCCAAUUUGCAAAUUCCUCCUCGGGAAGGAUUAAAAGGUUCUGUUUUGUAGUUGUAGUAGUAACAAUGACCAAGCAUGUGCCCACACAUUUUCCACAUCCUUCUGCACCAACUUCAGAAUCAUCUCCUCAGGGAUCAUCUGGAUCUUCUACAGACACUUUAAAGCAUUCACCUUCA